AUGUCUCUUCUUCCAUUGCUACUGCUACUCCUUGUUUCUUCCGAGCAUAACACCCAUGCUCAGACGAUAACACAAGGCGCCACCAUUACUGCAGGAACCACCAAUUCCUCAUGGACAUCGCCCUCCGGUGAUUUCGCAUUCGGGUUUUACCGUCUCUCCAACGGCAACUUCCUUGUUGGGAUUUGGUUCGACAAAAUCCCAGAAAAGACGCUUGUAUGGUCUGCCAACCGUGACGCCCCGGUACCAGCGAGCUCCACUCUCAGAUUAACAACAGGCACUUCCGCCGGCCAUCUUAUCCUUACAUCCUCCGACGGAAACAGCACGUAUUUAUACCAAAGUACCGCUGCAAGUUCUGGUUACAUGCAAGACGAUGGCAACUUUGUCCUAAAAAACGCCAGUCCAAGUGUUCUUUGGCAAACAUUUGAUUCGCCGACGGACACUCUCCUACCGGGCCAAGUUUUGGUUGCAGGCAGAAAGCUUUAUUCCAAUAAAAAUGGGACUGUCGACUACUCCACCGGAAACUUCAUGUUGGAGAUGCAGAAAGAUAGUAAUCUGGUGCUCUCAGCUUAUCAUUUCGCAGAUCCUGGUUACUGGGUCUCAAACACAAUAAACAUUAAUAAUGUGAGCCUGGUUUUCAACCGGACGAAUGCAUUCAUGUACCUCAAAAAUACCACAGACAUCAUCCUCCCAUUAACAGAGGAUGUGCCAAAGCCCACGGAGGACUACUACCACAGAGUGACGCUGAACGACCAUGGAAAUUUGCAGCAACAUGUGUACCAGAAGAACAACAGUCAAUGGAAAAUGGUGUGGAGAGUAAUAACCGAGCCCUGCACGGUGAAUGCUAUUUGUGGGGUGUACGGGAUUUGCUCUUCACCAGAUAAUGAGACAGUCAGCUGUGACUGCCUCCCGGGUUACCGCCCCUUAGAUCCCAAUAACAUUGCUAAGGGAUGCUACCCAAAGAGCAAGCCGGAUCGUUGUAUAGAAAAGCCAUCGUUGACGAAUUUCACGGUGGAAGUUAUCGAUGAUGCAGAUUUUCCUAAUGCCGGUUUUGCAGAUUUGGGAAGAGUAACACCAACAGACGAGGAGGGCUGCAGGAAGGCACUCAUGGAUGACUGUUAUUGCAUGGCUGCUUCAUUCGUCAAUUCAACUUGUUACAAGAAGAGGAUGCCAAUUCUGAAUGCUAGAAUUAGCCGCAAUUCUACAAAUGGGUAUAAGGCGUUAAUCAAAGUGCCGAAACAGAUUAGUGAUGGAGGAGGUAUUCUGAAUGGUGAUCAUCAUGGCGGGAAGAAGUCUGUAAGUCGGGGUCUACUGAAAGCUGGUCUUUUCACAACUGCGGCGUUUGCUCUGUUGUUCGCAGCUCUUGCCGUCUACUAUCACCCUGUAGUUAGACGAUUCAUCAGACGACCCAGAAGGCCCUCUGCAGAUGUGGACGCUAUGUUGAUUAACCUGAGAGCUUUUACAUUUGAAGAGCUGCAUGAAGCAACAUGUGGGUUCACAACAAGACUAGGCCGAGGAUCAUUUGGGAUGGUUUACAGCGGGACCCUGGUCAUAGAGGAUAAACAGAUUGAGAUUGCUGUGAAGGCUCUGAAGAAGAUAGCUGCUGCUGAACGAGGCGAGGAGGAGUUUGAGGCGGAGCUGAGGGCUAUUGGUCGAACACAUCACAGGAAUCUGGUUCGCCUGUUGGGCUUCUGUAACGAGGACAAACACCGGAUUUUGGUUUACGAGCUAAUGAAGAAUGGAACUCUCUCUAAUUUGCUCUUCAAGCAAGGGGAGAAACCGAGUUGGGAGCACAGGGUGGAAAUGGCGCUUGGGAUUGCAAGGGGGGUGCUGUAUCUGCAUGAAGAAUGUGAGACCCAGAUCAUCCACUGCGACAUAAAGCCCCAGAACGUUCUACUUGAUAAAAACUACACAGCAAAGAUAUCAGAUUUUGGGCUAGCGAAGAUUAUGAUGAAAGAUCAAACUCGGACUAAUACAAAUGUAAGAGGGACGGCUGGAUACAUGGCACCAGAGUGGUUGAAGAAUGCACCAGUAACAACCAAGGUCGACGUCUACAGCUUUGGGGUCAUGUUGCUUGAGAUCUUGUGCUGUAGAAGGCACAUCGAUCCGAAACGGGUAGAGGAAGAGACCGAAGAGGUCGACCUGGUGUUGACAGAAUGGAUUGCAGAUUGUAUUAAGAGUGGGAAGCUGAACAUGGUGGUGGAGGAAGACAUGGAGGCAUUGAACGAUUUCAAGAGGUUUGAGAGGAUGGCCAUGGUGGGACUGUGGUGCGUCCACCCCGACCCACCUCUUCGGCCAUCUAUGAAGAAGGUGACACAAAUGUUGGAAGGGACCAUCGAAGUUGGUAUUCCACCUCUGCUUUAUCCCGAAAUGGUUUGA